AUGCUUUUACAUGCUUACGAACUGCUGUUGGUGGCGGUGUCUGAGGAAGGCCGCGCCGUGGGGCAGGCGACGCUGCUGGUGAGAGUCAAGGACGCCAACGACCUGCCCCCUGUGUUCGAGCAGCCCGUGUACCGCGCCACCGUCACCGAGGAGGACGACCACCACUUACCGAGGAGGAUCCUCACCGUGAAGGCAGUAGACGGUGACACAGAGAGACCUCACGACGUGGUAUAUUUCAUCACUGGCCCUGGCGUGGAUCCAGACAAUCCCGCGGCCGGAAACUUCCGCAUCGAUCCCAAGACGGGGGAUAUAUUUAUACUCAAGGCGUUGGACCGCGACCCGCCGGAUGGCCGACCGCACUGGCGCUUCACGGCUUUCGCUCAGGACGAGGCUGGCCAAGGGCAGGUGGGCUACACCGACAUCCACGUGGCCGUCUCAGACGUCAACGACAACGCGCCCGUCUUCCCGCAGCCCGUCUACUGGGGCUCCGUCGUCGAGAACAGCUCCGCCGGUGAAAUAGUAGCAAACAUGACAGCAGUUGAUUAUGAUGAUCCAGAUGAGGGAACUAAUGCAAAGAUACUGUACACUAUCGAAAAAAAUGUUGUCGAUGAAGAUACAGGACGACCAAUAUUUGAGGCUGAUCCUGAAACUGGUGUCAUCAGAACUGCUAUAUGCUGCUUGGACCGUGAACGCACAGCUGACUAUGCCAUACAAGUUGUUGCUGUAGAUGGUGGAGGACUCAAAGGAACAGGAACUGUUUCUAUCCUGGUUAAAGAUGUUAAUGACAUGCCACCUGAGUUUGCAAAGACUGAAUGGAUUGCAGAAAUAGAUGAGACAGAGGGAUUAACUGUAUCCAAAAACACUAUUCUGACUGUUACUGCUCAUGAUCAGGAUGAAGUAAGCUCUUUCCAGUACAAGGUUGUUGAGAACAGUGGCUACGGUUCUGACAAAUUCACACUAAUUGGGAAUAACGAUGGAACUGCCUCACUGAAAGCAGUGAAGCCACUUGAUUAUGAAGAAGAAAAACAGAACAAUUAUUUUAGAUUCAAAAUUCAAGUUACUGACAAGGAGAGGGAUAAUGAUACUGAAGGGUAUCACACCAGAUAUGCUUGGGUAACAAUAAAACUAAGAGAUAUAAAUGACAAUGAGCCAACCUUCCAAAAUCACAGGCUUGAAGUAUUUAUAGAAGAAAAAGCCAGUAUUAAUACUCGUUUAGCUACAUUUAGAGCAACCGAUGCUGAUAAAGGAGGGAAAAGUAAAAUUAAUUACCAGAUUCAACGCUCGUCUGAUCCUAGGAGACAUUUCAGGAUAGAUCAACAUGGAACUGUUUACCUUCAACGUAAGCUAGACAGAGAAACUAUGCCCAGACACCAGAUACAAAUACUGGCAAUUGAUGAUGGAACUCCACCAAAAACAGUGACAGCAACUUUGAGUGUAACAGUGAAAGAUGUCAAUGACAAUGCACCAGUGUUUCAACACAAUUACCAGGCUGUCAUUCAAGAAAAUACUCCACCAGGAAAAAUUUUAGAAGUUUUUGCAACUGAUGAGGAUGACAGUCAUGUGGGUAAUGGUCCACCUUUCACAUUUCGAAUGGCUGCAGAUGCAGGUGAUAUCAUCAAGUCAUCAUUUCACCUCGAAAAUUAUCACUCUGGAGCUAAUAGUAAUGGCUCAGCAGUUAUAUCAUCUCUGUCAUCCUUUGACAGAGAAAUGCAAAAGAUAUAUUUAAUUCCAAUACUCAUUACGGACUCUGGUUCUCCUGCAAUGUCUGCAACAUCAACACUCACAGUCAUAAUUGGUGAUGAAAAUGAUAAUUACAUGGCACCUGGAUACAAGGAAAUCCUUGUUUAUAAUUACAUGGUCCAUGUUUCAGAAGCUGAAAUUGGCAGAGUUUUUGUUGAUGAUGCUGAUGACUGGGAUUUUCCUGACAAAAGAUUUUUUUGGCAUGGGCAGAAGCAUAAUAAAUUCAUUCUGGAUGAAAGAUCUGGUAUGAUUAAAAUGGAACAAGGCAUAGAUGCAGGAAGGUAUGCUUUGCAGUUCAAAGUUUAUGACCAACACCAUGGCCAAGUUGAUGUAUUAGCCAAUGUCACAGUUAUUGUAAGAGAUAUUUCCCAUAAUGCUAUUGCCAAUUCAGGUUCCAUCAGACUGUCUGGCCUGUCAGAUGAGGAUUUCAUCACACUAUGGGACUUAACAUCUGAGACAAACAUCAGUGAAAAAAGUAAAGCAGACUUGCUGCAAGAAAAACUAGCUAAAAUAUUUAAAAUAAAGAAAGAUAAUGUAUGCAUUUUCAGUGUACAAUUAAGAAAUCAGCAUCCUCUUAUCACAGAUGUACAUUUUUCUUUCUGUGGGUCUUAUGUGUACCAACCAAUGAGAUUAAAUGGAAUUGUUCAAAAGCAUUGGCAGGAGAUAGAAAGAGACUCUGGUAUCAGUAUUGUUAUGGUUGGCAUAGAUGAAUGUCUCCAGGAGGAACACAGGUGCAGAGGCAGUUGUUCAAAUGUUGUGAGAAUUGGCAAGUUACCAAACCUGGUAGAUACAAACAGAACUGCUCUUGUGGGAAUUGAUAUGCAGAGGACAGCAGAAUGUAUUUGUGAAAUGCAAAAUGUUGCAAAAGCUGAAACAUGUGUCUGUUAUAAUGGUGGCACAUGUCUCUGGAGAGGAAAUAGUAUUAGCUGUUUAUGCCCAUCUGGUUACAGUGGUCCAAAAUGUCAAGGAACAACAAGAAGCUUCCAAGGGGAUGGAUGGGCAUGGUACUCUCCUCUUAGCACGUGUGACAAAUCACAUCUCAGUAUUGAAUUCAGAACAACAGAAGCAAAUGGACUGUUACUGUACAAUGGACCUGUUGCUCCACCAGGCAGUGGUCAGGCUGUAAUAUCAGAUUUUAUUUCCCUGGAGCUAGAAGGAGGUUCGCCAAAAAUGUUAAUUGACUUUGGUUCAGGAGUUGUUUCACUGAAGAUAAAUAACACUUUAAGAUUAAAUGAUGGCAAUUAUCAUCACAUAGAUAUAUUCUGGGACACAGAGAAUGUUCAUCUUGUAGUGGACUACUGUAAAUCUGCUGUCAUGGCAGAAACUGAAGAUGAUGCAAUUCCAAGAUUUGAUGACAGCAGCUGCAAGGCACAAGGAAAAGUUCCACUUUUCAAUGAAUAUCUGAAUGUUAACACACCACUUCAGAUUGGUGGUCUUCACAUAGAAUUAUUUCAACCACAGCAAUAUAAUUGGAAUUACAUGCCCACUCUGACUGGUUUCUCUGGUUGCAUCAGGAAUGUGUUUUAUAAUGGUCAGAUCUAUGACCUGUAUGAUCCAGCUUUGUCAGAAAACAGUAGAAAAGGCUGCCCAAUGACAGAAAACUUAUGCUCCACCAUUGAUUGUGGCACACAUGGCACUUGUAAUGGUGAUACAUCUAAUGUUCACUGUGUCUGUGAUGCUGGUUGGACAGGACAUAGCUGCCUCACACCAACUGUACCGGCACGAUUUGGCUAUCACAGUUAUGUAAAAUUUUUGUUAUCAUUUGAACCCAGCAAAUUCAGCAUGCUUGUCCAGCUCAGGUUCAGAACAAGAGAACCAAAUGGAGAACUGUUUCAUUUCGCAGACCAGGAAAGCCAAAUAUAUGCUGUACUUGGUAUCAAGCACCACCACUUACAGUUGUACUACAAGGUGAUCGGUGUUUCCAGCAUUGAACAUCUUAUCAGCCUUGAUUUUGUUGCUGUGGAUGAUGGACAGUGGCACACAACUAAGGUUUUGCUGUAUGGGUUUGCAGCCAUUUUGCAACUCGACGUUGGUGAAGGACGGUAUUACAAUGAAUGCUUUUUCCUUGAAAGCAAUCACUGGAUCUUAAUUGGCAAACAAAAUGAGUUAUAUGCAGCUGGACAUAAAGAAAUUGGAAACUUGAAAAUGUUUCAUCUCUUUGAAGAUUUUCAGAAUGGGUGUAUUGAUGAUAUACGAUUUGAUGGAAGAAGCCUCCCACUCCCACCGUCAGUGAACGGAACCCAAUGGGCACAGGCUACACUGGCUCAAAAUAUGGAAAGAAAUUGUUUAUCUAAUACAUCCUGUGAUGAUAUCGCUUGCCCAGAACCUUUCAAGUGCCAUGACGUAUGGAACAAGUAUGAAUGCAGUUGUGGCCCUAAUAGACAGUUUGAUGCUGACCAAAAAAUCUGCACUGAUAAUAAUGAAUGCCUUGGGAAACCAUGUCAAAAUGGUGGAACAUGUGUCAAUCAGUAUCCAUAUAUCCAUUAUCAGUGCAUGUGCCCAAAAGGUUUCUGGGGUCAUCAAUGUGAGCAAAUGGUCAAAAAUGAAUCUAUGAAACUUAGUUUAGCUGCGCUAGUAGCAGUUGUUGCAGCCAUCACUAUUAUUCUUGUUCUAGCAACACUCCUUAUAGUAUGCAAAUAUAAAAAAAGUACGAAAUGCAAAUCAGCCACAACUAAGGAGGAUAUUCGUGAAAAUAUCAUUAUAUAUGAUGAUGAAGGGGGUGGUGAGGAUGACAUGACAGCUUUUGAUAUAAAACCUCUAAAAAUACCAGUUAAAACCUCAGCUGUAGUUGAAACAAUAGAAAUAAAAAGCUCCAGCCUAACCACCACCAAGGAAACUGGAACAUUCUGA